UACUACGCAACAGUAUCCGGUUCGUUGGGCGAGUGUGUCAUACUUUCAGCUGGGUAGGGUGUCAUGCUGCUCCUAGCACAUCUUUAACCUGUGGACACACAUGAAACAUACGGACUAUUGCCUAUACACGCACGCAAGGACUCGACUGUUGUGGUUUCAGACGCCGAUCUGAUAUUUCUGAGCUUAUUUGGUGUUUGCUUGAAUAUAUUUGUGGAUAAGAUGGCGGAUGUGGCUCCGGCCGGCGUGGAGAAGAGUCUGGAUGACUUCUUCGCCAAGAGAGACAAGAAGAAAAAGAAGGAGAAGGGCAAAGGGAAGGAACAAGUGAGCGGAGGAGCCGCGGUGAUGGUGAAAAAGACGAAAAAAGAGAAGGAGAAGUCGACGAAGAGUGAGAAUCAGGACGCACAGAUGGAGAAGGAGGAUGAGGAAUGGAAAGACUUUGAGCAGAAGGAGGUGGACUACAGUGGACUCCGACUCCAGGCCCUGCAGAUGAGUGAUGAGAAAGAGGAGGAAGAGUAUGAGAAGGAGGAGGUGGGAGAGGAUGGUGAGAUCAUUCUUGUCAGUGGUGAUAAAGUUUCUGGACCCUGGAACAAAUCAGGCGCCCCUGCUUCAGCUGCUCCUGAGGUUGAAGUUGAGGUUCCUGAGCCCAAGGCACCUGGCGUGUAUCGACCCCCAGGGGCUCGGUUAACAACUACUAAGAAAGGUCCAGCUCAAGGGCCUCCAGAGAUCUUCAGCGAUGCCCAGUUCCCCUCUCUUCUUUCCACCGCCAGACAUGUGGAAACUCGCAAGGACCGAGAGAUGGAGAAGACCUUUGAGGUGGUCAAGCAUAAGAGCCGGGUCAGAGAAGGGGAAGGCCCAGCCACCAUGCAGCAUUUACAGUUAGAUAACCAGUACGCCAUCUUGGGGGACAAAUAAAGCCAUCGGUCCCCUUUCCCCCCAAGCCUACCACCAAUGGUAGAGUAAGACUCGCAGGGGGAAGUUGACCUGCAGCUGUCUGGUGCAGUCCUGACCGAGCUGGAGACGCCUGUGCCCAUUAACACACACACUCACUCGCACACAAUUACGUACAAUGCCAACAAUAGAUUCCUGUCAAAGCAACACCCCACAAAUCAACAUUUUGACAGUUGCCCGCAUAUAGUCUUUGAAAUCCACUCAUACACGGACUCGGCUGAUAAAGGCCCUCCCUUAUCAACCGCAUUCAAACAUGCUGCAGCUACAGGAACUGAAACGUAAAAUUCUGCUUUAUAUGACACCGUACACCAAGACGAAUGACACUGCAUCAAACGAACAAGGCACCAAAUGUUUAUUAUGGUGGAUUUCCUCAUGGGGUUGGUUGGUUGCCUGGCAGAGCCACUUGACAUCAGCCAACUUUGAGUAAAUGAGAAAAGCCACUUUGAGGAUGAAGAUCAAGACAUUGGGUGGGAAUUAAAAAUUAAGAACUGCUGUGGAGAGUUUUUUUCUUCACUAAAUCAGCUUCAGUAGCUCCCAAACCUUUGGUUUUUUUUCUUUUACAUUGUGAUGAGAGAAAGCUGGGAAUUUUCAGUUUGGGCACUAGAGAGGGGAGACUACCUCAGUUUCAUAUCUGUGGUUACCAUGUCGACCAGGUCCUGGGCUCUGAUUGGCCACAAGAGGAACACUUAACGUUUCACCAUAAACGUGAAAAUUUUUCUCCCCUUUCUGCGGGCCUUUUUGCAAGAUCUGUCGACAAGGCACGAGAGGUUUAAAGUCUUCAAAUGUACUAUUUAAAGUGGCCUUAUUGUGGAAAAAGUAUAAACGUGAUGGGAGAGAUAUCUAUAUAUAUUUAGACAAUGAGUUCGACAAAUAUUGCUCUGGAAGAUGCUUCCUGGUCGUGUUGUUGGCAAAUGCCUGCUUUUUGAAUCUUACCACUCUGAGGAGGAAAAAACCACCUCUGCAUCCCUCUGCAGAGAAUGUAAGUUCUAAACUGUAGUUUAAAACAAUGCGAAUAAUGUUCCCUAACAGUGUCCCUUUAAUUCUCUCAUUUUAUUUGAUUCCAUGAUGAUUGGCAUACCAUUAUUAAAGCUUAACCGUUCUAAUCUCA